CUCCUUCCUCCUGGUGCUCUAAGUUACCAUGGUGACACCGGCCUGCAUAAAAGUCAGCCUCCUUGCACACAUCUCACUCUGUGAGUCUGGAUUUUACCCUCGACAGCAUCAUCAGAAACAGCUCCAACCAAUGACUCUGAACUCCUCUGAUGACAACCGGACCUCCUCAGCCUUCACCUCCAAACUGACCCCCGCCGCCGACAUAUGUGUGGGACUGGCCAUCCUCUUCGUCGCUGUGCUCUCGGUUCUGGGCAAUGGGAUGGUUCUGCUGAUCUGUUACCGCAGGAGGAAGAAGAUGGCGUGCUCGGAGCUGCUGUGCGUCAACCUGGCUGUGGUCGACUUCCUCUGCUGCAUCUUCUUCUACCCGCUCUCCAUCAUGUCCUCCUUCCACCACUCGUGGCUGGGAGAAAACGCCACGUGCGUUUACUACGGCCUCGGCUGCUACAUCUUCGGCCUGUGCGGCAUGUACACCAUCGCCGCCAUCAGCGUCAUCCACUACCUGAAGAGCUGCUACAGCCUGGUUUAUGCUGUGUGGCUGGAAGGAGCUAACAUCCUGAAAGUGCUCUGCGCCAUCUGGCUGGUGUCCACAGUGUGGUCCAGCUUCCCUCUGUUCGGCUGGGGCGAGUACGUCCCGGAGCCUUACGGACUGUCCUGCACCAUCGCCUGGAGGGGUUACCACACCUCAGCCAAGGACGCCUUCUACGUCAUCUGCUCCUUCGCCUGCUUCACCAUGGUUCCUUUCCUCCUCAUCGUGGUGUCCCAGUUUCAGAUCCUCCUCAAGGUGUCCCGCUUCUCCUACUCGCUGUCGGCGAGAGGCAUCCGCAACAACCUGCGACACACUGAGAAGCGACUCUCCAUGAUGUUUUUCUGCAUCAGCCUGGGUUUUGUGAUUGCCUGGGCGCCGUACACCAUCGUGUCCUUCCUCUUCAUUUUCCACAAGGACAGCCUGUACAUGGCUCCCGCGGGCUUUGUGUUCCCCACCCUCUUCGCCAAAAGCUCCCACAUCUACAACCCGUUCAUCUACUUCUACUUCAACAAGACUUUCCAGCGGGAGCUCCGCGACCUACUCCUCGCUUUCUGGCCCAAGCUGGGAGGGAGUCGAGUGGGAGUCCAGGUCGCCACGGGCAACCAACAUCCCAUCCACAUUCAGCUCCAGGAAAGACAUUGCGUUGGGAAGAAGUCUCAGGACAGAACUCACAGCAAGAGCAAGAGCAAGAGGAGGAGCAAUGUAGCGCACACCAACAGCAACCGCGUUCUCGGCAGGCCGGUGUACACCUGCUGGGGGUCAACGUCGAAGAACGCCGCCACCAUCUUGGACAAUAAACUUGCCAAAGGCUCCCUGCCUGUCUCUAUAUGAACUCUUUUUCACUGUUUAUACGGGGAGCAAUCCAGCCAUCAACCAAAAAGUCUGGUCCUGUACUGUUUCAGUGAAGACUCUCAGAUAUUAAUCAGGGGCCACGAUUCUGAUUUUGUAAAUGAAUGUGCUUAUAAAUAAGACUUUCUAUCUGCGUAACAGCCCGCAUCCUGUUAAAUCCUCAGAUCAUACACUCUCCAUGAGUGAUAAGUAGUAGCUGUUUAGCAAAGCUUUUCCUUUGUUGUCAUAGCAACCCUAUUUAAGGGAACAAACUCAAGUUUGUGGUUUCAGUGUUACGGUGCCUUCAAAAUGAAACAAAUGAAAGUUGAGUUGUGAAUUUGUCCUUGUAGUGUUUUUGUUCUCUUCGUAGUCCUAGAUACUUUAUUUUUCUAACAUUCAGGUGUCUCUUGUGACAUUGAAAUGAUAUUAAUAAUGUGUUUCUAUAAUGCAAAAAAACUGAAAA